AUGUCUAAGCUUAUUAUCGUCGUCCUCGCCGCCCUCGUGGCCGUGGCCCGCGCCGGCUACCUGGGCGCCCCUGCUGUCUACGCCCCCGGCGCUCCACUGGCCGCCCGCGCCUACGCUGCUCCCGUGGCGUACGCCGCCCCCGCUCUCCGCGCUGCCCCUGUGGCUGUCGCCGCCCCCGCCGUGAGGGCCGCCCCCGUCGCCGUCGCCGCCGCCCCUGCCGCCGUCGCUGCCGAGUACGACCCCAACCCCCAGUACAGUUACGCGUACAACGUGCAGGAUGCCCUCACCGGUGAUUCCAAGACCCAGCACGAGAGCCGCAGCGGUGACGUCGUCCAGGGCAGCUACAGCCUGGUCGAGCCCGACGGUUCCAUCCGCACCGUGGACUACACGGCUGACCCCGUCAACGGCUUCAACGCCGUCGUGCACAAGGAGGCUGGCGCCCACCCCGCCCCCGUCGUCGCCGCCGCCCCCGCCAUCGCUGCCGCCCCUGCUCUGGCUUACGCCACCCGCCUUCCUCGGGUUGAGGCGGCGGAGCUGGAGUCCAACUUCAUCAGCUGUGAUGGGUGUGAUCACAUCGUCAGCGGCCCUGGCGGCGAGGAAAACUGGCAGGCGGUCUUCCACGAGAUGGACGUGGUUGGCAUCGAAAACGUCCGCGACCGGGCGGAAGUUGUCGGCGAACACGUCGGCGAGGGCGUUGGCCUUGGCGUCCGGGGUACAGACAACCUCGUCGCCGACGUGGAGCGGAGGAACAGGCUGAUGGCGGUGGAGGAAGCGCUUGGCGGUCCGCCAGGCACUCCCAUCAGUCGUGUUCAGGUUGGCCACAAGGCCAGCCCAGUCACGGUUCCGGUCCUCCAAGAUGUGCGGAGGAAGCUGCUGGGACAUCUCGCGGGGCCGCCGCGGCUGUCGGGGAGACGCAGCGGCAGCAGCGCUGAGGGUGUGCCGCGUAAAGAAGGCCAGCGCAGCAUCGGCCCCCUCCAGUGCAGGAUCUGGAGCACCGUCGAAGCGACCGAGCAGUUUGGCCUGAAAUCGGGCCUCAUCAAUGCCGCGGAAGGUGCGGCGGGCAGGCGACAGAGAGGCGCCGACGACGUCCAUGUCGUAGGCCACCGGAAGGUGGUCGGAGAACAGGGCGCAGUGGACAGUAGCCGACGUAAAGUGCCCGACGCCUUUCAGGACUGCGACGUCGAGAACAACGCCGGCCUGGAGGGCGGACGUGACGGCGGUGACGAGCACCGGCAGCUGCUCGAGCAGCUGGCUCACCGAACGCAGGAGCGUACGGAGCUCAGCCGCAUCAGGAGCCGUGGGGGCCCCUGGGGCGGCCUCCAAGGCAGGAACAGCAAGCUGCGGUGGGACCGCAGGAGGCGGCGUUUGCGGGGGCACGGCCCGAGGGGUAGACCGCUGUCGCGGGGCAUCAGUGGCCGGACGUUCCGCCGCGGGGGCGGUACGCCGCGGCCGUCGGCGGCGCCGGCGGGGGGCGGCAGCCGGUGCGGGAGGCGGGUGACGAAACCGUCCUCAUCAAGGUGGCGCGCAGCAGCAGUCCCUGUGGAGGACCGCUGCUCCCUCGCGCACACCGUCGUCGCGACCGUCAGGGCCGCAGUGGCAGCGGCGGCGCGGGAGGCCUUAGAGGCCUUCUUCCGCGGCCGAGCAGUGUCGGAGGCUUGGGAGCGGACGUCAGAGUCGUCGGCCGCGAAAGCACGGCGCUUCCGGAGCGCACGAGCACCGUCAGCGUCACUCGGCGAGGGCAGCCCAGCACAGUUCGCAAAGCAUCCGGGCAGCAGCAUGGCUUACAAGGUGAUCAUCUUCGCGGCGGUUGUGGCUGUGGCCCGCGCCAUCUACCUGGACGCUCCGUAUGCUACGUACGCUGCCCGCGCUUAUGCUGCCCCCGCCUAUGCCGCCGCCCCUGCUGUAGUCGCCGCCGCCGCCCCCGCCGUCGUCGCCGCCCCCGCCGUCCGCGCUGCCCCUGUGGCCGUCGCCGCCCCCGCCGUGAGGGCCGCCGCAGUGCCGGUAGCCGCCGCCGCCCCCGCAGCCGUGGCCGCCGCCGAGUACGACCCGCACCCGCAGUACAGCUACGGCUACAGCGUGUCCGACGCCCUCACCGGCGACUCCAAGACCCAUCAGGAGAGCCGCGACGGAGACGUCGUCCAGGGCAGCUACAGCCUGGUCGAGCCUGACGGCUCCGUGCGCACCGUCGACUACACCGCAGACCCCGUCAACGGCUUCAACGCCGUCGUUCACAAGGAGGGCGGAGUCCACCCGCCGGUCGCCGCCCCCGCCCCUGUGGCCGUGGCCGCCCCCGCCGUAGCCGGGGCUGCCAUCGCCGCCCCAGCUGUGGCCGCCGCCCCUGUGGUUAGGACAGCCAUCGCCGCCCCUGCUGUGGCCGCCGCCCCUGUGGUGAGGACCGCCGUCGCCGCCCCCGCCAUCGCAGCCGCCCCCAUCGCCAGGGCAGCCAUCGCAGCUCCAGCCUACGCCACCUACGCCGCCGCACCCUUCGCCAGGGCUGCUUACGCUGCCCCUCUCUACCCGUACGGUAGAGCUUACCUCCGCUGAACCUUUUUUAGACAUCCACUGACGUAUGACUAUUACAUAAACUCUUGCCCUGGAAUUCGCUGAUCAUCUGUGUAUUUAUGCCAUGUAAAUAAAGGCGCUGACUUAUAA